GCCACUCGUAGAGGAAAACGUUCCGAACAACCGACUGGACUGCGUUUUUCGGAGAGCUGUCGAGAAUUCAAGCACCUGAAGUUGACCUGGAAACUGUAAAAGACGGGCACUAGGCAUUCCAGCCUACUACCAGUAGAACAGCUUCUUCGACAGCAUCGGCGCGAGUCCAUACUCGUCUCCCUGGAACCGAGGCUACUCGAUGCCGCGGAACGUGGGGACAUUCCUGUGGCGCACGCUGUACCUACAGGGUGUGCGUCGCCACUACAUCGCCACGGUGAUGGAGAUUGCAGUAGUGGCUAGCCUCUAUGGCACCUUGGUGUAUUCCUGGUCCCGGCCCACGCCACUCAGCAAAGAUUCCGAUGAGGUGGACGCACGUUUGGCUUUGGUCCCGACUAAUGUGUCACACAUUGUGUAUGGGCCGAAGAAUGACUACAACGAUGAGCUGAUGCUUGCCGUGGCCGGAGAGAUCGUGAGCCGAUUGAAGACGCAGAAAGCGGAUGAUGUUCUUCAGGACCGUCCGACAGGGCUGUUGAUUGGGAGGCGACAGAGCGGUGUUCACAUCGCGUUCUCUUCCAUUGGUGCGCACGCCAUCACGGACGGUGAACAUACGGACGGUGAACAUGCGGAUGGUGAACAUGCGGACGAUGAACCUGUGGACGAUGAACAUGUGGACAAAACGCGGCCCCGGAGCGAACCAGCAGAGCUUGUAGCCCAGACAGACGCAAAAGCCGUGGCUAAGAAGUGCGAAGAGCUCCUGAAGCCAUCCGUCGAGAUGAGCAGCGAAGCCAAUCGUGCGCCUCGACCAACGCCGCUGUGCUUAGCACUGUCCGAGACGACAAGUGAAUCGCCUAACCUCUCGAUGACGCUCUACGCUCCUGUCGAUUCGAUUACUGAGGAGAUGGCAAAAUUUGACCUUGGUUCCUUCCGCGACACUGGGGGAGCGAUCGGCACGGCCACUGUAUUCCAGCAUAUUAUAGAGCAGGAACACUUGAAACUGCAAAGUAAAGCACAUCCUGAACCGCAAGUGAAUUACAUGGUUAGCAUUGGAGUCAUGCCCGGCUGGCCCUUCAAGGGUGUAGAGAACCAAUACGAGGAUCGGCUCAUAGUUGUUAUCACUUUAGUAGCGAUGAUUGUUCUUAUCCGACGGAUAAAUGCAAUACAGUAUGAAUUUUCAACUGGCACUGCGGAACACCAAGGCGUAUUAGGACUAUCCGACACCGAGUUCUUCUGGGGCCACUUUCUAAAUGCUCUCAUUAUUGGCCUCAUCGAAAGUGCCAUCGCUAUUUUAGUAAUGUAUCUGGCAACACACAAAGGCACCACGUACGUUCAGGGAGUGGACCCGACCCUAUUGGUGGUAUCGUUCAUCAUCGCUCAGAUUGGCUACAGUAUGCUUGUCAUUCUUAUCACGUGGGUGUUCCCUAAAGGUUGGGUGGCGAUUAUCACUGUCAUUAUGAUCUUAACGGUCCUUCCUGAAGUUAUCGCGAAAUCGGCGGGUUCACACCCGUUGCCGAAAUAUUUCUUAUCCUCAAGGAUGGAGAAGCUCUCCGCCAGUAUUCUCCCCCAGUGUGGUUUCAUCAUGGUAAUGCGAAUUAUCUGCAUCGCUAGAGACUAUGAAGGUGGAGCAACAUGGUCGCUGGUCACGAAGCCAGCGCUUGGCAAGGACACCGUCACAAUUCUAGGCAUCUGGGCAGUGAUGCUAAUCACCGAUGUUGUCUUUGCAUUCCUGGCUUGGUAUCUCUCAAAUGUUCUUUCCUGGAGCACAGAAAACCCACAGCAUCCAUUAUUCUGCCUUUCGCCCUCUUAUUGGAUGCCUGAAGCUGAUGGAACCACCGCAGAAAAAAUGAAGGCAAACCAAGACCCCUCUCGAUUUGAGGAACUUCCGCCAGAAACGAAAACUGUGAUCACCACCAGUAACCUGACCAAGGUUUUCGGUUACAAGCCGGCGUUAAAUGGUGUCAACAUGAAAGUAUACGAGUCCAAAAUCACGGUACUCCUUGGCCACAAUGGCGCCGGAAAGACGACCCUGAUGAGCAUCUUGACAGGAAUGAAGGCACCAACCAGUGGUGUCGCCAAGGUCUGCGGCUACAACGUCACCAAGCAUCGCUACCAGGUGCGCAAGCUGGUGAGCCUCUGCCAACAGACAGACAUCUUCUUCGACGAUAUGACAUGCGCUGAGAACGUCCUCUACUUUGGAUCGCUUAAGGGAGGAGACACUGCCAGACUUAAGAAGGCCAUUUUGGAGACAUUGCGCGUUGUCGGGCUCGAAGACAAGGCUUACAGCAUGCCGCGUGAGCUUUCGGGUGGCAUGAAGAGGAGGCUGAGCAUAGCCAUUACCCUCGUUUCUGAGCCAAAGCUCCUCAUUCUGGACGAGCCAUCGGCAGGCUUGGAUCCGGAGACGAGGCGGAAUGUCUGGGACACAUUGCAGAGCGUGGCCAAGAAGAGUACCCUUCUGCUGUCCUCUCAUGACAUGGAGGAGGCUGACGCCAUCGCUGACCAAAUAAUCGUCAUGGCAGCCGGUGUGACCGUCUGCAGUGGAUCCACAGCCUUUCUAAAGAAAGCCUGCGGCGUUGGAUACAAGGUGACGUUUACCAAGGUGCCGAAAGCCUUUAAGCUCGAUGAGGCGAUGGCUAUCAUCCAAAAGACCACACCACUUGCGCUCGUGGACGACGACAAGAAAGAACAAGUGUCCAUCACGCUGGGCACUAUGGACCCCACAGGUUUCCCAGCAAUGUUCCAUGAGCUGGAAAAGUCACUAAAAAAACUGGGCAUCGCAAGCAUAGGAGUCACAGUUGCCUCGAUGAAGGACGUCUACCUAAAGAUAAACUUCGACUGGGCACCUGGAGGAAAGGGACGAGAAGAUCCCGUAGAAGAAGAGGACAUCGACGCUGUUUGCAAGGCCGUCACAAAACAGCGCACGGCGUCACGAUCGUUUUGCGCCCUGUUCAUCAAGCGCUUAUUAAGCCUCCUGCGUAGCUGGGAUCUCUACCUUAUCUUCUUCUUGCUGCCACUUGGACUGCAUGCGUUACUCACGUGGCAAGCGCCACCACCAGGCGCGGUGAAGGCGUUCCGAAGUGGCAAAAGCAGCCUCGACAUCCCCAUUAAACUGGGAGUCCACUUCCCCGACACCGAGGUCGUGCUUGGCGAGUCACCAGCCACCAACGUAAGCGAAAAACUGCGGGCACUCGUGGAGUCCGAAAGCUGCAGUGUGCGCUCCACAAGAGACUUGCGAAAGGAGCUCCACGAGAUCAUGGAGCGCGACUUUCCAACCUACAUCAAGACUUACCCAAUGGCCGUUGCAUUUAAUGCUACCGCCAUACGGAUGAUUCCCAAUCCGACGAGCGCCAUGGCACUUCCGGUCCUCGUGAACCUGGUGUACACGGCCUGGCUGCGCGUGCUGACAUCGAAGCCGAUGGCGAACAUUAAUGCCACUGUCACUUACCUAAAGAUCAAAAAUGUACAUCCUAUGCAGCAAAUUUUUACCACAAAAUUCUUCUCUUUGUUAUACUGGCUCAUGGCGCCGGCUAUGACGUACUCGUUGGCCUUCGGUGCCUACGGCUCGUUCCCUGCUGCCGAGCGGUUGAGCGGAGCUCGAGACGUGCAGCUGAUGACGGGGAUCUCGGGCCUCGAGUUCAUCUUCGCCCACUUCGUAUUCGAUUUCAUCUACCACGUCCUCUUCUGUGUGUUGUGGUGCGCCAUCCUGUUCAGCCUCAGCUCCUACUCUGCGGCCACAUUCGGGCUCCUCAUGCUUGCAUUUGUGUCCUUGGCACCAGAAAUGAUUGGCUUUGCCUACCUGUUCGCGGAAAAUGCAGAGUCUCCUGGUUCGGCGGUCACAAGGAUUUUCUUGGCACUCUACAUUGGAGGUGCUGUCGCCACCAUCGUCAGUUGGAUUGCUAGGGCUUUCGUUGACUCAAACUGGGUGCACUAUGCCACGCUCACUCUUCCUCCAUACGCGAUUGUGUCCUUGCUUAGCAAAAUAUCGAGCAACGAGGAUAAGUCCCGGCAGUGCAAACUCCUGGAGAGCUAUCCCAACCUCCUCAAAGUCUAUGGAGUUGAUUGCAAGUCGAGUGUGCUGGCACUUACUUAUGGUGAAGCGGGAAUCGAGCUUUUGACUAUAAUAGUGGAAGGGCUGGUCUUCAUGGCGAUCAUGGUCUUCUUAACUUCCGGCUAUCUGAUGCCCGGUGGCAGCAUGCCGGGCCAAGAGUCGUCUGGCGACGAAGACGUCGAAGGGGAGAAGAACCUGGUCAACGCUGCACGUGGAGCCGGAGACUUCACCAACUACUCGAUGCUCGUCUGGAGUCUGCACAAACGCUUCGGCACGUUGGUCGCCGUGCGAGGCACCUACAUGGCACUUCGGCCCUCCGAAUGCUUCGGCCUCCUCGGUGUUAACGGCGCCGGCAAGACCACCACGUUCCAGAUGCUGGCCGCCCUGGUGAGCGUCUCGCAUGGCGAUGCCUCCACGUCGACGGCCAAGCUCAGUGGAAGGGCCCGCACAUGGCAGUCGCAGAUCAGCUACUGCUUUCAGCUAGGUGGCCUACUGGACCGGCUGAAUUCGUACGAGUACCUCUACCUGAUUGGUCGGCUGAGAGGCAUCCCCGAAGGCGAAUUGAAGCCCAUGAUAGACAGCAUCCUAUCAGUUGCCGACCUCACGGAGCACGCCUCCAAGGAGUGCGGAGUGUACAGCGGAGGAAACCGCCGGAAGCUGUCCAUCGGCGCAGCGUUGUUGGGUCUGCCGCCGUUCAUAUUUCUCGACGAGCCAUACGCUGGCGUGGACGUGGUGUCUCGAAACAAGAUCUUCCGAGCCAUCGCUGAGAUCAAGAAACGCUCGCGGACAACUUUCGUGCUCACGUCGCACAACAUGGACGAGUGCGAGUUUUCCUGCGAUCGGCUCACGAUCAUGGUCCAAGGCCGCAUGAUGUGCCUAGGCACAGUCCAGCACCUGCGAGAGAAGUUUGGUCAAGGCUACCGGCUCGAGUUCUUGCUCAAACACACGGCUGUAGCAAGCACGCCCAUGCUGAAGCAGGCUGUUGAACACAACUUCGCCGGAAUUCAACUCAAGGACGACCACCAGAACCUGCUCUGCUAUCACCUGGCAAAUAGAAUACCUUGGAGCAAGCUGUUCACCAAGGUCUUGCACCUCCAAAAAAACUUCGAGCUUGAACACGCUCUCGUCGGAGAGAACACUCUGCAAGAUAUCUUCUUGAACUUCGCGAAAACGCAAGAAGCCCACGUCAAGCCUGCUGCCAGCGCUACGGCGAGCGGGACGGCGAGUGAAGCGGCGAGCAGAAGAGCGAGUGGAGCGGCGAGCGGAGCGGGGAGCGGACCGGGGAGCGGAGCGGGGAGCGGAACGGGGAGCGGAGCGGGGAGCGGAGGGGGGAGCGGAGGGGGGAGCGGGUCGAUGGCUUGA